UCACUGAGAGAGAGAGAGGCGGAGAGAGAGGAAAACAUUUUCCCGACCUGAUCCCGCCAUAGUUUUUCCCCACUCUUCCACCACAGACCCAUCACCAAAAUCCACCAGUACCACCAGUACACCCACCUCCUCCUCCUCCUCCGAGGCUACAGGCUGCUGUACUCUGCUGGAGCCGCAUCCUCCUGCUCCACUCACACAAACUGGAUUUAAAUUCAACACCCGCGUCCGCUUUUACACUUUUUUGUGUUUGAGUUUGCAGCGGAGAAUUUAAUUUAAUUUGCCUGACAGAGUGUGAAGAUCGUGUUGCUCUAAAAAGCGAAUUAACGGCAGAAACUUUUUUUUAUUCGCUGGCUUUUAUUUGAGAUAUUUUUUUGGGUGUUUUUUUUUUCUUUGUGGUUUUUGUUUUCGUUUCUCUGGAGUAAUGCAAACAGUAACCAACAUGCACAAGCUGUACAUUGGGAAUCUAAGCGACAGCGUGACUGCUGAGGACUUAGGAAAAACCUUUGACGAACACAAGAUCCCCUACUCCGGACAGUUUCUCAUGAAAACCGGCUAUGCAUUUGUGGACUGUCCGGACGAUCAGUGGGCCAUGAAGGCCAUCGAGACGUUUUCUGGUAAAGUGGAGAUUCAGGGGAAACGUAUCGAGGUCGAGCACUCUGUCCCCAAGAAGCAAAGGACCAGGAAGCUGCAGAUCAGAAACAUUCCUCCUCACCUGCAGUGGGAGGUGCUGGAUGGCCUGUUGGCUCAGUGUGGGACCGUAGAGAACUGUGAACAAGUGAACACCGACAGCGAGACGGCCGUGGUGAACGUCACAUAUGCAUCCCGGGAGCACGCCAGACAAGCGAUCCAGAAGCUGAACGGUUAUCAGUUCGAGAACAACGCCCUGCGAGUCUCCUACAUCCCUGAUGAGAACUCUGAGAUGGAUGGAGGUCAGCGGGGGCCUGAUAACGGCCGGCGCCCCGGAUACGGGUCUCGAGGCGGACCCCGAGGAGGGUCACCAAACUCCGGGAUGCCUCCCAAACCUCCGCACGCCGACAUCCCUCUGAGACUGCUGGUGCCCACGCAAUACGUGGGAGCCAUCAUCGGGAAGGAGGGCGCCACCAUCAGGAACAUCACCAAACAGACGCAGAGCAAGAUCGACGUCCAUCGUAAGGAGAACGCUGGCGCCGCUGAGAAGCCGAUCAGCAUCCACUCCACCCCCGAGGGCUGCUCGUCCGCCUGCCGCAUGAUCCUCGACAUCAUGCACCAGGAGGCCAAAGACACCAAGACUGCUGAUGAGGUUCCUCUGAAGAUUCUGGCUCACAACAACUUUGUGGGACGUCUGAUCGGAAAGGAGGGACGCAACCUGAAGAAAGUCGAACAGGACACAGACACCAAGAUCACCAUCUCACCCCUGCAGGACCUGACACUGUACAACCCGGAGAGAACCAUCACUGUGAAAGGAUCCAUCGAGGCGUGCUGUCUGGCCGAGAACGAGGUGAUGAAGAAGGUCAGAGAGGCGUACGAGAACGACAUCGCUGCUAUGAAUCAACAGACUCACCUGAUCCCUGGCUUGAACCUCGGAGCGCUCGGCCUCUUCCCCUCCUCCGCCAACAUGCCCCCACCCCCACCUGGAAAUGCAUCUUCUGGCGCCCCCUAUGGGUGCUUUGGGGCUCCCGAGCAGGAGACGGUCCACAUUUACAUCCCAGCUCAGGCGGUGGGAGCGAUCAUCGGAAAGAAAGGACAGCACAUCAAACAGCUGAGCCGCUUCGCCGGGGCGUCCAUCAAGAUCGCCCCCGCUGAAACACCAGACUGCAAGAUGAGGAUGGUGAUUGUGACUGGACCCCCCGAGGCUCAGUUUAAGGCUCAGGGUAGAAUCUACGGCAAGCUGAAGGAGGAGAACUUCUUCGGGCCGAAGGAGGAAGUCAAACUGGAGACUCACAUCAAAAUGGCCGCCACAGCCGCAGGAAGGGUCAUCGGCAAGGGAGGGAAGACGGUGAACGAGCUGCAGAACCUGACAGCAGCCGAGGUGGUCGUCCCCCGAGAGCAGACACCCGAUGAGAACGACCAGGUCAUCGUCAAGAUCAACGGACAUUUCUACGCCAGUCAGUUGGCUCAGAGGAAGAUCCGGGACAUCCUGACCCAGGUCAAACACCCACAGAAAGGCGGCAUGUGCGGCCCGAGCCCCAACCCUGGGGGCUUCACAGAGAUGGGCAGCCCCACGCAGGGACUCAGUCAGGAGCACCAGCCUCGCAGGAAGUGAGGGUCCCUGCCCCCUCUGAACACGCCAAGGGGCACGACGGACAGACAUACAAAUGCACGGACGGAUAGACCAACGGACGGACGGAUACAAGAGAGCGACACACGGACCCAGCGGUAGACAGGGAGAGAUAUAAAAGAGGGAGGGAGUACGCCCGAUCGGCAUUUAGAGAAGAAGAUUAAAAUCAAAAAGAUGAAAUGAAUUUAAAAAAAAAAAGAGGAUUAAGAUAAAAAGAGAACAGACACCAGACGCCAGGCCAGAAGAGAGACUGAAUGAGGAUGGAGGGAUGAAGGAAAGGAGGGAAGGAGAGAGGGAGGGGCGUGUCCUCUGAGUGUGAGUCAGCUCUGCACCCGACAGGUGUAAACAACGCAGUCUGUUCACACCUGUCCACACAGGGGCCUGUUUGUCCCUCUGUCGCCCCCUACAGACCUCUCCAGCCAUCUGCACUCAGUCCUAUAUUUUAAGGGUGGUUUUUUAAACAUAGAGAUAUAUGUAUAGAAAUGUUUUAUUCAGAGCUAUUAUUGAUAGAAAUGCAGUGAGGUGGAGCCGGGAGAGGGAGCAGGGAAACUGCUGCAGCGGCUAAGGGGGGAAAGGUCAUUGGUCUGGCAUUAAGCCCCGCCCACACCUGACCCCCCCCUGGCCAAUGAAAGUCUAGAAGAGGGGCCGCAGAUGUUAACACUGCUCUUUAAAGCUCUCCGAGUAGCGGAGGGAUUUAAUAAAAAUAAAAAAAAGAAUAAAGGAGAAAUAUGAGGUUGUAAAUAUAAUCUUCAUGUAAAGUUAAGAAUGCUGCGUCUGGCCGCCUUGCCUUUUUAAUGAAUGGGUCUUCAGGUGACCUCACAGCCCCUGUUCUAUGAUACGUAGCAUAAUGUAGCCUACAGCGAGGCGGGGGCUGCGGAGGCACUGAGCGGCCCCUUUACGUUUAGCCGUGUGGCGGAAGACGCAGCAAGAGACAGUCAGAGGGGCGUGGUCGCAGCUGGUCCUGCAGUUCUAAUGCAGCGAAUCAGCUAACGUGAGAGAAACCUUUACAAACAACUGUAACUGCCGGCAGCUAUGCUAGCUGGCUAGCGACCCGCACCUUAAAUGGCAUAUUUUAUAUAUAUUAUAUAUAUAUGAUAUGUGAGUUAGCCCGGCCCCUCGGGUGAAUGUAUUGAAGGCAGCGAGUCAGGUGUGAGGUUUUUGCUGCACCUGUAUGAUGAGUCCUGCAAUGACAGACAGACAAGGCGUGUCUGCGGUGUUCUGCUCAUUGCCUUCUCUCAGCACCGACCCUCAUGGCCAGUCUCCUCAGAGGAGCUGAGGUCAUCACCUGUGCACUAACGACCGCCUUUGUUCCAGCGGACAAACGCAGUGUCUGAUGCUCGGGGUUUUGAAUAAAAUGAUGCGCAGACUGGCCGGGUCGAGCGCGAGAACCAAAAAAAAAACAAAGCAAAGUCUUCCAAAGCUCCUUGCCUUGAGCUCGGCGAAGGUAAAAUCAGACCGAAGGGGAGUGGCUUCCUCGUUCUCUCUCCCAAUCUGCCAAAGGCUUGUGGGCAGAGCCUCCAGACCCUGCCUGCGUAUGAUAAUGAGGGGCGGGGUCUUUGCCUGGACGCUCUCGCCAAGAUUAGAACAGAUUAGAGAAGAAAUGAAAAAGAAAAAAACCUACCUCAGGGUAAAGUUACCUCAGUAUUCCUAACUUUUUUUUGCUUGCUGGUGUUUUAUAUGAGAAGAAAAAAGAAAAGAAGAGCUGAUAGUCCUGAAUAUUUUUUAUUUUUUUAACGAAAAAAGUAUUUUUUUUUAGGUAUUGUCUUGUUGCUUUGGUUAUUUUUUUCUGUUUUUUUUUUUUUUGGGUGUGUUGAUGGUUGAAUGAGCUCAGGAUGACGAGGAGUUGUCAAGUCUAACCGGUCUCGAGAGGAAAAUAAGCUGAGUGCCAUUUUGCCUUUUUGGGUGAGAAACACGCUCUCUGUCUUCCUGAAGUGUGAUUGGACGAGCCGUUUUUUGUGGAACGGUUUGUUGGCCAAUAGGGAGAGUGAACAGGGGAGGGAGGUGGUGGCGUGCACACGGUGGCGUGCAGCUGGAGGCAUACUGACAGUGGAUGUUUCAUAAAGACCACGUAGAGUACAAACACGUUUUUUUACUUCCUGGUUUAAGAAAAUCCUCUUCUGAGGCUGCACGAGACGCUUUCGCUGCAAUUCAGCUUUUAUAAAACGGCGGUAAGUCAGACUGAGCUGUGGCGCUGUUAGAACGUGCUUAGCGUGCAUAUUUAGCCUGCCGCACGGCUUUCAUGCAGCAGGUUUUUUUAUGCAGGUGAGACUCGCCGUGCAAAUGUGAUUGAACAAAGCGAACGUUUGCAGAAACAAAAUGGUGGCAUCUUCGAUAUCCUGCUGUGAGUUUCUGCAGACGCACUACUCUGCAGGAUAUAAAUAAACGUCUCUCGAUAGCGUGCAGUCUCUGGCGCCCCCUGCAGAUCAGAUGAAACAAAUGGCAAUGCUUGUGCAAACAAGACAUUUUUGACGCAUCAGGAUUUCGAUGCACGCCGUUGCUGAAAAAACCUCUGACCUAAUGAACCUCAACCCUCGCUGCACAGUUUCCCUCCUCUUUCGGGGAAACGUGUUGCAGAAACCGUUAGCGAACGCACCCCGUUCUUUAUAAAACAUCCACGCUCCUGAGCCGCCGCGUGCACCGGAGCCCCUCCCCCUCCUGCCUUAAUGUGAUGACAUCAUCAUGAAGCGCCAAACUUUAUCAGAGGGCUUUUAAGUGUUCGAGAGGUUCCAGUUCCCGACCGCAGAGACGACACGUGUCACCUGGCGGUCGGGGACUCGUCACAUCAGAGUUGUGUUGAACGCAGCAGCAGUGUGACUGCAUGUGGAGACGGGAGAGGGCGUUCUACCUACACACGCACACACGCACCGAACACACACACACACACCUGAACUAGCUCUGACUUCUCUGAAUGUGAAUAUUUAUUACCUGUGCACUGACCACGACACCUCAGAAGCUCCCUGUUGGCUGCGUGUGCGCUCGCUGUAUGUGUGAAGGAGAAUGUGUGUGUGUGUGUGUGUGUGUGUGUGUGUGUGUGUGUGUGUGUGUGUGUGUGUGUGUGUUCUGUGGUUUUAAAUGUUCAUUUCUGUCAGGGGAUGUGGUUGGAUGAAACUUAAAAAAAAAAAAGCAGAAAAAAGUAGGAUGAGACGCU